AUGGGCACGAAAAAAAAGAUUUUGGCAAAACUAGCCAAGUUCGGCGAGGUAGACUGGACUCCGAAUGAAGAAGAAUUGGCAGAGCUCGUUGAACUUUUGAAUGAUAUAAAAGACGACAUAUCUACACAAGAAAAAGUUCGAGACGUCGAUUUGAAAGUGCUCGCAAGCUUGCUCACUGUCUACCGAGCAACGUGCUGUGAGCUCGAUAUGAGCAUUUUUGCAAUUCUUCAAAGUCUUGAGAAGUAUGGAACAGAUUUCAGCGAUUUACAACCACUUGUUUUCGGCGAAGAAGCUAGGAAGAAUUAUGAAAAUCUGCGGAAAAUGGGACUCGACCUGCAUGUUAGAAUUACUCCAGACGAUGCAAUUAAGACGUUUUUUGAUGCAGCAACACUUUGGAAUACUACUAAAUAUCAUGUUCGGCCGCUGACAGAAGAAAAUUCUGAAAAAAUCUACGAUGUUCGAUUUGUACUUCGAUUCUUCAACUCGAUUCUACAUCCUGCAUCUUCGCUUACUUCAAAACUAUUUGUUGAACAUAACUGCCUUGCCCUCCUGUUCUCGUGUACAUCUUCAUCGGAUUCUUCUGUCCGAACUUUGGCGUUUGCAUGUCUUCAAAAGUUUGUGAAUCAUUUACAAGAACUGAACACUGAAAUAUUCGCUGAAAAAGCACUGAUUCUCUAUCUAAUUCGAAUUUUCAAACAUGGAUUCGAUUCGUCAGUGCCGAGAGUUUCAAGUAUCAUUACUCAUUUCUUCGCAAGAGUCUCAAAGUUAAUGUUGAAUCCGUCAAGUGAUGUUUAUCCGCAGAUCAUGGCUUUUCUCUGUAUGAAACCAAUUUUUGACAUUCAAAAUGUUCCAGAAUUUUACAAACUUCUCUUCUCGUCUUCUCCAGAACACCAUAAUGAAGAACGUGAAUGGGUACUUACUCUGAUCUCCGAGGCAAUGCUCGAACCCAUCGAUUAUCAAGUUCUACAAAACCGAGCUGGUAUCAAAUUGCUGCUCAGUUCGUUCUCGAGUGUUUGGCUGGAACGGAAAAGUCGUUCACUGAUUCUUCGAACUCUUCAAAAUGCCGUUCAAAUGCCAUCUGUGGCUCAUGAUCUUUUCACAAGAGAAGGCCUGCACAUGUGGAUUGCUUCUAUCAUUCAUAGUGGUCGAUUCAAUAGAUGGGAGAAGAACUAUUUGGCACAAGUAUUUUGUAGUCUUUUGGAAAAUGAACGAAAAUAUCAACGAGGAGAAAAAGGAAAAGAGCAAGCGUGUAAAGCGGCUACUUCUGCAGCAAGAAUUUGUAGUAAAAAGAUCUUGUCAAUUCUGGAAAACAUCUCAAAAGACCCUCAAUUCGCCGGAGAGCAACAGAAAGCCGUCAUUUCAAUUGAGAAAAUUGAAAAGGCUAUUGGAAAGAAAUGGAAGAGGAAAAAGAAGUUCAAUUCUGAAGAGUAACAUGUUGUUUCAUUUUUUGUUGAUUUUAUCGUUGUUGUCCAAUUAUUGUUGUGUUUUCUAAUACAAAUUCAAAGAAACGUG